GAGCAGAACAACACGGCCAACUCGCAGAAGCGCUCCUUCCGCAGAGCCGAGCUGCGUCGCUUCUACACCAUCGACACAGGCCAGAAGAAGUCAGGCGAGCGAAAAGAAAGAAGAAUGUCCUUCCAGAAGCCCAAAGGCACGAUGGAGUACACGGCAGGUGCCCAGGAUACGCUGAACAGCAUUGCUCUCAAAUUCGACACCACUCCUAAUGAGCUGGUACAACUCAACAAACUUUUUUCACGCAUGAUAGUUCCAGGACAGAUGCUGUACACUCCAGACCCAGACUAUAUGUCCAGAUGGAGUUCCCCAUCUGCGAGUCCUGUCAGCCCGCUGUCUCCUACGUCUUCAGAGGCCGAGUUUGAGAAACUGCAGGACACGGAGCCAGCGACGCAGCGACCGUCGGAGAGGCCCGCGCCCGCAACGUCAUCGCCCAAUCCUGCCCGGUCGGCUCGCGUUGUCUCGUCCACGUCGGAGGAGGAGGAAGCGUUGAGCGAGCGCUUCCUCAAGAUCAACUGCAAGUACAUCACCAACGGAAAGGGAGUGGUGGGAGGGGUGCUUCUGGUCACACCAAACAACAUCAUGUUUGAUCCUCACAAGCUUGACCCCCUGGUGGUAGCGAACGGCUGUGAGGAGUAUGGAAUUAUUUGUCCAAUGGAUGAAGUGAUAUCUGCAGCCAUGUACCACGAUAUCGUCAACACCAAGAUAAAGGAUGUCACUCCGAUGUGCGUUAACAUUUUCACUUGGAUGAACUUGGCAUUGGGGAAGAAGACGAGCAGCAUCAGACCACACGGCGAGGAGCGGGAGUCCCGGCUCGUGGAGGCGGGCAACGACAGCGCAAGCACCGCACCAAAAAGCACCGAGGAGUCUCUCUCGGAAGAGGUGUUCACGGAAUCGGAGUUGUCUCCCAUUCGGGAGGAGGUCGCCUCUUCGGAUGAACUCGAGCAGUCAUCGAGGUCAGCCGAGGGCCUUGCCAACAACAGUGGUUCUGACAAGACGCUCACGGCUUCAGAGCCGCCGGAGCUGUGUGCGGGUUCUGCUCAGGACGAAGCUCGGACCACGGGCGACAGCGGUUUCGUCACCAGCCAUUCGCAGGAUGCCGGUGAUGCAUCUCUAGGGGGCCGUGAUCUGAACAGCACCGAGAGCCAAGGCUCCUCCAGUGAUACCACGACACAGACCACCUGCCACGAGGUCUCUAUUGAAGCGGACGGAGACGGAUCGAAGUCCUGCGAUCAUUUGGACGGCAGCGAGAAAGCCAAAGACGAGCGGGCGUCCGCUGAACCAGAGACGGGCGCCGAAGCCCCGGCAGAAUCUGAACCAAACGCUUCAGUCGAAAAAGAGCCUGAGAAAGUUAACGAAGGUGCCAAGGGAGUUGUAGGGCAGACAGAAGAACUCGAGGAGCUAAGAAAGAUGUGGAAGUCGCACACAUUGCAGCAUACGCGAGAGCAGAGAGAUAACAUACAGCAUGCAGAGCAGCAACCCACUGUCAUGAAAUUUUCCUUCUGUUUUCCUGUCAUCCCUGCAGAUGUCUUCUCCAGUGAAAAACGGGUGAAGAAGGCAGUCAUGUUCCUGUGCUUGAGAGUGGGCAAGCCCAUGAUGAAGACAUUCGUUACGCAUGCACAGGCCAGCAUGCAACAGUAUGCCCAGAAGGAUACUGAACCAGAAUAUUGGUUUGCCGUGCCACAGGAAAGGGCGGAUCACCUCUUCGCCUUCUUCGUGCAGUGGAGCCCCGAGGUGUACGGCAUGGAGGGAGGCGAGCCCGGCAAAGAGCCCGGCUUCGUGGUGGUGGAGAAGAGUGAGGAGUCCGACAUGAUCGACGACGUCUAUGACGAGGCCUCUGGGAAGGAAUGGGAGGUUGUUUCUGUCAGUGAGUACCAUCGCAGAAUUGAUGAACUUAAUUCGGGAGAACUCCGUAACCUCUGCAAACGUCUGAAGAUCGUGACUGCAGAUGAAGCAAAGAGGCAGCAUGGCCCAAUGGCUUCGACCAUUGAUCUAGGGCCAGAGGCAUGGAAACCAGUCCUCAACAGCUCCAGCUCCAUACUGGAACAGGAUCACAUAAAUAAGCUGGCAGCAAACCUUCCCCCUCGCACGGUGGGAUACCCAUGGACGCUCGCCUAUAGCACAUCCAAGCAUGGCAUGAGCCUUAAAACCCUCUACCGCACCAUGGUUGGUCUGGACUCCCCCAUGUUGCUUGUGAUUAAAGACACUGACCGGCAG